ACGAAGCCGACUUUUUCUUUCUUUUACGCGGAAGUGCUGCUUGAACCGGUCUAAAAUGCAUAUUCGUCAUAUUGUCUUGUAGCGAUACGUUAGGACCAAGCGGUUCACAUCUUCAGUUAACAUUGCGGCUAGUCGAAGAGUGUGGAACCACUUUUUUUUUUAUUUUUCCAAAACUGUAUGUGUACAAAUACGUAUGAAUGCUACACUUAAAAACGUGGCGGUGUGACAGGUCAGCCGUUUCCCCGUGCUUGGCGUGCUGUAACACGAGAAGUUUUUGUUCCCUCUAAUCGGUCUCCGUCUUACGUGGUGACUGUUAUUACGUCAGAGGUUCGACUGUACUGUACUCGGAGUGGCUGAGUAACUCUUCACACACAAGUGAAAGCCGCCUCGUGUACGCUCUUUGCCCUCAUCAGUAAGGCAAAACUGGACGAGUACUGCGCGACAAAUACAAGAACAUGUCCCCCGCGCCGACCACCCGUGAGCAGGACUUCAAACCGCCAGACGGUGGCUGGGGUUGGAUGGUCGUGAUCGGGGCGCAUAUCUCCAUUGGCUUUUCCUACGCGACGCCCAAAGCCCUCUCCAUUUUCUUCAAGGAUAUCCAAUUGGACUUGCAAGCCGGCUACAGUGAGAUCGCGUGGAUCUCUUCCAUCAUGUUAGCAGCCAUGUAUGCUGGAGGACCAGUGAGCAGCGCGUUGGUCGAUCGCUACGGAAGCCGACCGAUCGUCAUCCUGGGGGGCCUGAUGUGCGGGGCCUCCAUGGUCGCCGCUUCCUUUGGGAACUCCAUCGUCUACCUUUACUUAUGCAUCGGCGUCAUUGCAGGCUGCGGACUGGCCUUAAACCUGAACGCAUCUCUCACCAUCAUCAGCAAGUAUUUUCUGGCCAAGCGUCCGUUGGCCAACGGUCUGGCGAUGGCGGGGAGUCCCGUUUUUUUGUGCUUCUUGGCACCUUUUAAUCAAUAUCUACUGGACAAGUUUGGCUGGAGAGGAAGUUUUCUCAUCCUGGGCGCGGUGAUGCUGCACUGUUGUGUCGCCGGGGCCUUGAUGAGACCCGUCGGGUCCCGGAAUCCGCCGCCGACCAAAGUGGAGGAGCGACCCGAUGACGGCGAGCGACGGAAGCCCGGCUGCGAGGGUCGCGCCAAGAAGAUCGUGGAUUGGUCCUUCUUCAAAGAUCGAGCUUUUGUGAUCUACCUCAUCGGGAACAUCAUGUUCAUUUUUGGCGCCUACGCGCCCAUCAUGUUCCUGUCGGCCUACGCCGUCAGUCGCGGCGUCGACAAGUACUCGGCGGCGUAUCUGCUCUCCAUUAUGGGCUUUGUGGACAUGUUUGUUCGCCCCGGCACCGGCCUGAUUGCCAACAGCAAGUGGGUCCGACCCCGAGUGCAGUACUUGUUCAGCUUCGCCGUGGUCUUCAACGGCACCUGCCAUUUACUCUGCCCGCUCAUCAAGAACUACACCUUCUUGGUGAUCUACGCCGUAUUUUUCGGCGUGGCUUUCGGCAUGGUUUUCGCUCUCAUCUUUGAGUGCCUGAUGGAUCUGAUGGGACCUCGACGCUUCCCUCGCGCCGUCGGACUGGUCACCAUCGUUGAGUGCGUCCCCAUGCUGCUGGGACCGCCCACCGCAGCGUUGCUGGUGGAUAUCUACAAUGACUACCAGUACCUCUUCUUCUUGUGCGGCGCCGUGAUCGUCAGCGGCGGGAUCUUCCUUUUCGUCAUGAACUUUUACAACUAUCGCAGGCUGGAAAACGAGAGGGCCGGGCUGCCCAAGCCGAACGACGGCGUCGGCCAGGACCGGGUCGAGAUGCAAAACGCACUCGAUCUCGGCUUUUGCCCAAAGGAGUCUGCCGUGCCCGAGAGCGGAGAUGGCGGUGAGCCAACGAUGGGCGGAAAGACGCCAUCGAUCCCUCCUCAUUUCUGCGUCUCCAAUCUGCAUCUCCCCGAUGCACCGCAGGAAAACGGGGGGAGCUCGCCUCCUCCCAACUAUUUUGCCCUUUAGUCGGACGAGUCCCAAUGCUGUUCAUCUUCCCGAUGAUUUUCAUGAGCUGCAAGUAGCGGGCAAGGCUCGCGUUUCUGUCAAGUUGAACGUUUACAUUUGAAACACCAGUUUGCCAAUACCGCCGCACGGUUGCGCAAACGGUGGGCGGGUAUAAGAUGAUGUUUACAUUUUUCAGGGACAGCCAACGGAGCGCUUUCCCGGACCAAAGUGGUGCUGAGCUUGAAUAAUCCAAUCCAAUACUACGGAGCCCCAGACAUGACAUUUGAAAAAGGCGAAACAAAACUGCUUUGUGCACACGCUGCAGCUACGAUGGACGCACCGGGAACUAUUUUGUGGGUGCCAACUACUACUUCCUGCGCAUGGAUUACUACGUCGCGCGCGCAACAUACCUACGCAGGAAGUAGCCUGGGCUCCUUGCGGGUCACUCGAAUCAGAAAAUCGAAGCCACCUUCUUUCAAAGUUGAAAGGUUGAAGGAAAGCGACAUCAUAGACAGAGACGGCGUGAUCCAAAUUUCUUUUAGGCUCCGGAUGAGUUCCGAGGAUAUCGUGAAAAGCUCGGUAGAGCGAGGAAUCCUCAUCGCCGAGAGACCUUUGACGAGGCUGUUGAGAGCCAAGCUUGCUUGAUGACAUCACCGUUGCUCAGGUCACAACCCAUCGUGGCCCAGCCUCAGAAAAGAAAAGAAAAUGGAAGAUCGUCUCGUCAAGACCAUUUUGGUGUUCUACCCUCCCCCCCUUUUCAAGCUCACAAUUUUCCUCACUGGGACAGCUGCUCCAGCGUCCAAAUGAGCUAUUUUCAAGUACCAAGUACAACUUUAUUGUCAAAUUUUGUUCCAAGCUCCAUUUUGAAAAGCGUGCCUUUUUGACAUUGCAGUGAAUGAACGUUGCAGUCAAAGUUUUAAUGACACACUGGAUCCUAAUUUGCUGUCCCGUACAUCGGAGUGUGAAACGCAUUUUUUUGUCGCCGGUCACAUUGUAGUGAGCGUUUCCCUCGGAGGACCGUUGGGACCGAAACCAUAUGAAGAAGUCAAGAAUAACGGUUUGAUCGGCUAUUGUCCAAACUACUGUCAUGAGGGGUUUUGCUCAGCAGAAAAUGCUCUCUCUUAUUUAUGAUACCGGAAAAUGUGACAUUUUGGGGGAAGAUUUUAUCAAGCGUCGUGGAAGUGGAUGUGUUUGAUUUGC